AUGGUUCUUAUUACAAAGAGAUUGGUCGGUGGUACUUGGAAGAAGCUGUUUGUGAGAAGAGCUGUUACAAGAUGGCUCACAUCUAUAUCUAAAGAAGCAGAUGAAUGUCGUCAGCAACAGCGGUUUCUAGAGGAGUAUAAGAUCCGGACUAUGUUGGAGCAACCUAUAUUCCACUAUGCUGCAAGACCGCUACCCCAGUUACUGAUUAAUCAGCUAUACAGACAAUCUGAGAAUUUGCUGCCCAAUUUUAUACUACAAAAUGCUCGGGAAACAAUUGAGAACUUGCUCGUCUUCAAUGCCAGGAGAAUAACCGAGUUUCGCAAGCUCCCGUACCUUGUUGUAUUGAAUCCUUCGAUUCUGGAAAGCUAUGAAACUUAUCUUCAGCUGAUGAGCUCAUUGCUAAAAGCAAGUUUGUACUAUCCACAUACUUUGGAAGAAAACACGGACUUUACUGAGAAUGUUUUAUCCAAAUUCAUCAACAUACACGCAGAUACCUUGCCUAGUUUGUCGAGGGGGUUUGAGGAAGUGAGCAAUCUAUUAUCAGCAGAGCAAAUAAAGAAAUUCUUGGACGAACAUUUGAAGGAGCGGAUCAGAAUGAGACUCAUUGCUCAUCAGCAUGUGACAUUGACUAAAUCACUCGGUAGUGAUGACGCCCAUGCAUUUGUUCCAGGUGGUAAAUAUAAUGGUGUGAUAAAACAACUAGACAUAUGCGAUGUUAUCAAAAAAAACGCAGAAUUGGUAAAUGAUAUUACAAUGAUGAAAUAUGACCAGUCUGUGCCAGUUGUGAUCAAUACGAUUAACACAACGGAAGCAGCCUUUCCACCAUCUUCUACUUCCAAUGACGAAGCUUUGACAUUCCCUUAUAUUGAAUAUCACCUCGAUUACAUUCUUAUGGAACUAUUCAAGAACUCAUUUAGGGCACACAUAGAAAAUAGGAUUUCAGACCACAUCCAAGUAACUGUUUCCAUAUCGCAAACAGUUCCAAAGACAAUGGAGAUAAGAAUCAGAGACAGAGGCAAUGGGAUCCCUUGUUCAACAUUGAAGCAUAUUUUCGAGUAUUCAUUCACCACGUAUAAAAACAACGAGGGUGAAGGCUUCAAAACCUUGAAUGUGCCACCCGAAUACUUGGGUGGUGGUAAUGCUGUUGCCGGCAUGGGGUUUGGUUUACCUUUAGCAAAACAUUACAUGGAAAUAUUCAACUCGGCACUUGAAAACAGCAGCAGUAGCGAUUCAGAGUCUCCCGACACAACAGAGGUGAUAUCAUUUUCGUGGUCUGCAAUCGAAGUUACCACUUUGAAUAUAAUGCAUUCAGAAACAAUUUUGGUGCGUCCUGUGAAUACCCCAAUAACCCCCUACUGUACCCAAGUAAACAAGCUCACGUGGGAAGAUGUUAAAGAUGCAGGCACAUUCAAGGACGCAAUCACUCUUUUUGAUAAGUGGAUUUUGAAGGAGAUUUUGAGCAAAAACAAGGAGUUCACCUUUGUAGUAUUUGAUAGCUCAAAGUUGAGAGUUCAGCUACCACGUGAGGCCAGAGAUAAGGGUGUUGUUUUGCCUCCUUAUUUGCAGCACCCGAAAUUGUUUGAUUUGACGGUGGAGUAUUCCAAAUGGCAAACAACUCACCCGGAAGCGGUAUCUUACACAGCUUCAUCCUUGGCAAAUCUAGUAACAGCUUUGGAAGUGGAUAGCGAUAGUAUCGAGGACUUCCAGGUGGGUGGUACGAGUAGCCUGCAUGCUACCUCACAAGGAGAAGCUUCUUUAGAAGUGAUAGCAACGAGAAAUAGUGAUAUUUCCAAGAAGGACUUGCCACAGUUGAUUACAAAGUUAGUAAUCCAGUUGAUGAAAAAGGCGCUUCCCGUUGAAGAACACGCGACAGUUUUCACUCACCCAUAUGACAUAGCUGAGGACGUGAAGGCUUUUGUUAAGGAACGGUCAAAAGUUUUAUAUCUUUCUAAUUUGCCGCCUGAUACUACACAAUCGGAAUUAGAGUACUGGUUUACACAAUAUAGCGGACGCCCGGUUGCGUUUUGGACGUUGAAAAAUUUAGAUGAUAGUAAACUUGCACAUCAGCUAAACAAGGGUAUAUCUGGCUUUGUGGUUUUUGGAAGUCAUGAAGAGGCUACAGAGUCGUUGGUAAUGAACGGGAAGGCUUUCGGCGACCGAGCAAUUGAAGUACAACCAUCUUCAACUAUUGUUCUCGACACUGCCAAUGAUUUCGCAGUUGCUAUACAAGAGUCCAUUUUCUCUCGAAGUCUGUCGAACCAAUCUAAAGAUACUAGAGGAGAUACUAAUGCUCAUCUAGAUCAAAAUGGACCAGAAAAGUUUAACGAGCGUUCUUUAGAUGGCUCGCGGAAACUGAACAAUCAAGUUGGCAAAAUUACCACGUACAAUGGACCAAAUUCAACAAGCGAGAGUCUCCCAAAUACCGCAACGAAUAAUUCUCAUAACAGGCCCCAGUUUAACAAUAGCGUUCCAUUUAGAGCUGGAGAUUGGAAAUGCGAUCUUUGUGCAUAUCAUAACUUUGCAAAAAACAUGACAUGCUUGAAAUGUGGUGCUUCAAAGUCGCUAACGGCCUAUACUGGCGUACACAACAAUUCAAUUUUUUCAAUGAACUCGACAGCAGCAGCUAUCGCGGCGGCCACAGCAAGUGGCCAACCAUUGAACAUAAAUAAUAGUUUCAUUAAGAUGCACCAGCUGCAGGCUCAUCAUCUUAUACAACUGCAGCAACAACAACAACAACAACAACAACAUCAUCAUCAUCAUCGCCAGACACAUGUUGCUCCAAAUAGUGUGAUACACCCAGGUCAAUCCUAUAUGAGUUUUGAAAAGGGGCAAUCAAACUAUGCUGUAAGAAAUUCAAGUACAGCCACGACUUAUGGCCAGCAGGGGUCAGGACAUCAACAACAGUUGCACUUGCAUUUGAAUCAACCAGUAAGCCAUACUGGGAUUUUGAAUCAGCAGCAAUUCUAUAUGAACUCGCCUGCUAUAAAUGAGUGA